GCUCGGGGUGAGUCCGCUCCUCCCCUCCCCCUGCCAGGCCGACCCCGGGUGCAGGGGUGCGGGCGGCCCCGGAGCGCGGGCGCUGAGCUGGCUGCUGCAGAGGCGCGUGGCUCGCGGGGAGCGGGGAGCCGGCGCGCUGCGGCACUCUCGGGGGAGGGGCACGUGGCCCUGGAAGUGGCGACCGAGGUGGGGGUGGGUUCCCGAAACACCUGGGUGUACUCCGCCCCUCGCCCACCCUUCCCCAGGGCAUGUGGCACGUUUAUCCAAUCCAUGGCCCCUAAGGACGCAGCAUUGCGGCCAUUUGAGGUCCCUCACCGUCCCCCUCUUCCUGCAGCGUCUUGGGACCCCGGCAUCUUAUCCGCCCCCCACACACACACUUAAAAAAAAAAAAAAAAAAGAAAGAAACCCGUCCUCUCUGCAGCCCGAAUAGGCAUUAAAGACUCCAAUUCCCAUCAGCCCUUGCAGCAUCGGGUCUAUGAAACCGCAGAAGUGCGAGCGCGAGGCCUGCUGGGAGUUGUAGUCUCUAAGCUUUAACAGGCGCUGGUGGGGGACCGCAGGUGGGAGUGGGGCUGCUGGACGCCCCCGGGGGUCGCUCGAGGUCGGACCGCUGGCAGCGUGGGGCACGAUGUGAUGAGGCUUGAGCCGAGCUGUUCUGUCAGCGUCGGCCCUCAGCUCAGACCCCCUUUCACCUUCCGGCGCGUGGGGACGGGUCUGCAGCCCCUUGUCCGCCCUGCAAACCCCCAUGGGCUGCCGCCAGCCGCCGCCUCAACUGCUUCCAAGGACCCGGCAGGGAUAAGCGCAGCUCAGGAUCCUGGGGCCGCCAUGUCAGGAGACUACGAAGAUGACCUCUGCCGGCGGGCGCUCAUUCUGGUCUCGGACCUGUGCACCCGGGUCCGGGACGCUGACACCAAUGACAGGUGCCAGGAGUUUGAGGAACUUCGGAUCCGAGGCUAUCCCCGGGGCCCGGAUGCAGACAUCUCCGUGAGUCUGCUGUCUGUCAUCGUGACGUUCUGCGGCAUUGUCCUCCUGGGCGUCUCCCUCUUCGUGUCCUGGAAGCUGUGCUGGGUGCCCUGGCGCGACAAGGGAGGCUCAGCAGUGGGCGGCGGCCCCCUGCGCAAAGACCUCGGCCCUGGGCUGGCGGGCCUGGUGGGUGGUGGAGGCCACCACCUCGGGGCUGGCCUGGGUGGCCACCCACUGUUGGGGGGUCCACACCAGCAUGCCCACACUGCCCACCACCCACCCUUUGCCGAGCUGCUGGAGCCAGGUGGCCUGGGGGGCACGGAGCCCCCCGAGCCCUCCUACUUGGACAUGGACUCUUACCCAGAGGCUGCCGCAGCCGUGGUGGCUGCUGGGGUCAAACCGAGCCAGACGUCCCCUGAGCUGCCCUCUGAGGGUGGGGCAGGCUCUGGGGUGCUCCUGCUGCCCCCCAGCGGGGGGAGCUUGCCCAGUGCCCAGUCGCAUCAGCAAGUCACAAGCCUGGCCCCUACCACCAGGUACCCAGCCCUGCCCCGGCCCCUCACCCAGCAGACCCUGACCACCCAACCGGACCCCAGCAGUGAGGAGCGGCCGCCUGCGCUCCCCUUACCCCUGCCGGGCGGCGAGGAAAAAGCCAAACUCAUCGGCCAGAUCAAGCCGGAGCUGUACCAGGGGACUGGCCCUGGGGGCCGGCGGGGCGGCAGCUCGGGGGACGCGGGGACGCCCUGUGGCCGCAUCAGCUUCGCCCUGAGGUACCUCUACGGCUCCGACCAGCUCGUGGUGCGGAUCCUGCAGGCCCUGGACCUCCCUGCCAAGGACUCUAAUGGCUUCUCCGACCCCUAUGUCAAGAUCUACCUGCUGCCAGACCGCAAGAAAAAGUUCCAGACCAAGGUGCACAGGAAAACCCUGAACCCCGUCUUCAACGAGACAUUCCAGUUUUCGGUGCCCCUGGCGGAGCUGGCACAGCGCAAGCUGCACUUCAGCGUCUACGACUUCGACCGCUUCUCGCGGCAUGACCUCAUCGGCCAGGUGGUGCUGGAUAACCUCCUGGAGCUGGCCGAGCAGCCCCCCGACCGCCCGCUCUGGAGGGACAUCAUGGAGGGCAGCUCGGAAAAGGCAGAUCUGGGGGAGCUCAACUUCUCACUCUGCUACCUCCCCACGGCCGGGCGCCUCACCGUGACCAUCAUCAAAGCCUCUAACCUCAAAGCGAUGGACCUCACCGGCUUCUCAGACCCCUAUGUGAAGGCCUCUCUGAUCAGUGAGGGGCGGCGUCUGAAGAAGCGAAAAACUUCCAUCAAGAAGAACACGCUGAACCCCACGUACAACGAGGCGCUGGUGUUCGACGUGGCUCCCGAGAGCGUGGAGAGCGUGGGGCUCAGCAUUGCGGUGGUGGACUAUGACUGCAUUGGACACAACGAGGUGAUUGGCGUGUGUCGCGUGGGCCCAGAUGCUGCGGACCCGCAUGGCCGUGAGCACUGGGCCGAGAUGCUGGCCAACCCGCGGAAGCCUGUCGAGCACUGGCACCAGCUGGUGGAGGAGAAGACUUUAAGCAGCUUCACCAAGGGCGGCAAAGGACUGUCAGAAAAAGAAAACUCAGAGUGAGGGGUCUGGUCUUGGCCCAGAGACCCCAUCUCUUCCGACUCAGACCGCGAACUCAUCUCCUCGAAGCCAUAACGUCCGAACUGCCGGCAGGGCAGCCUGGGCUUGCCUCUCCUGCCCAUGGAGGAGUGUUCGGGGGGCAUUUGGCCUCCCCCGUGUCUGCCUUCUCUUCCCUGGGGCUCCCCUCAAGGCGAGGAGGGGCCAUGCAUGUCUGGGGGACCCCUGCCCCCCUCAAGCCCUCCCCCCUGUGUGUCUCUCUG